UGACAGAACAGUAGGAUUUAAUUAUUAAACCACAGGAGUUCAGUCUGAGCUGACCCGGUGUCCGCUAGCAUAUCGGCCAUUAAGUAUGUACACGAAUCGGAUUGCAGUCUCCCAUUCCAACCGGCGUUCUUUUCGGGGGAAAUAGCACAGAAGCAAAUCGCAGAUGAACGGGGAGCGUCACAGGAGACAUUCUAGUCACUAGCAACUUUAGUUAUCACGACAGGCCUGCUGGCCUUGUCCGCGUCAGCUGGAACGGCGCAGUCUUUCUUCCAAUUCCGUAGCCACACUCUGCUGUUGAACUUCCUCAUAGCCUGGUGGCGGAUCUAGCGGUUCAGUCUCUGCCCCAGGAGGGGGUCCAUUAUACGGACAUGCCUCCGAACCCGCAUCCGGAUGGAUCUGACUAGUAUAUGUCGUCCCGUUUGCCGGACCUUCAUAAGCAGGUAGUUCCUCAAGAUCGACCGUAGAAAGAUCGACUGUCCGGAGUCCGCCCUCUCGUGAAGUUUCAACCGCCUGCAGAAGGCGUUCUUUAAUCCUCUCGAAGUUGGUGUGAUAGUCAAAGGCGCCGCCCUCUUUGAAGGUCAAUUUUAACUGAAUGGCAGGCAAUGUGGCAGGGAUUCCACCACCGGGGACGGGUUGGAUGACGGCCGUCCAUACGUUGGGUCCGAAAAAGGGGGCAGAGACAUGCGAAUCGUGGAUGUUGAGGAGCGGGGCCGAGAAUGACUGGAACUGCUCAGUCUUCUGGGCAGGAAGGUAAAUCACCUGGCCACAACACGUCAGUACUCGCGGACCAUCAUAUAGACCACCUAUACCGGAAGUCUGACCCUCUGAUUCGUGAGAUGGACACAACCUGCGCUACACUGAACUGAAAAGGGGUCCUUGCCUGUGUAUGAGCUGAGCGGUUGCAAGGAGAGACUUGUGCGAGACGGCGACUUGUAUAUGAAUCGUUCGUUAGGGAGGGGGAUGAACCCCUCCUGGUCAUGCAGCAUGACCCAGCUGUUCACCGACUACUUUAGCAUUUUUGUGUUUAGAGAGCCAGGGACUAACGCGAUGGACAAUGAGCACAUGGGAGAAGCAGUAGAAAAAGGAUGUGCAGCAUUUGGGGGGGGGUCGUAUGGAAGCAAGCUGGUAACACUGAAGACAACCCAACUCGGUGGGGUGAGGAGGGGGGCGAACAUACUUGAUCGACAUCUUGAUUUCAACCCACCACUUCCCUUGGUGGAACAGGAAAACUGUUUGUCUAUUUAUCCUUCGACGAUGACGAUAUCCCAGACGGCCGUGUUCAGGCUGACCUGAAAAGCACAGGCAGAGAAAGAGAGACUGCCAGCGCAGAGAGCGGGAGACAAUAGUUGUUGUUGCGCCGGUGAAGCACCUGACGCAGUGUGAUUUGACUGCCUUAAGAACAGGCAACAACGACAACUACAACUCAGCCUUCUGCCCGAUGGGCCGUUGAUUUUUGAAAGAAUGAAUGAGCCGCAUGGACUAGAAGCAGGUCGAAGAACUUUCUGCCUGCUAGAUGGUUCGCGCCGUCGACAGUUUCCGCGGGGCUCGAUCAUUUCAUUCGUCGUCACCGGUUGACAUCAGAACAGUUACUACUCAGCAGUACUACGGAUAUGCGAAAUCUGGAUGGCUACCGAGUAUGACAGAUGUUAGUAGCUUAAGCAUUGUUAUCGCUAAGGGGUAAUGGACUAUGCUGUGUUAUGUCGACCAAGAAUGCUGUCAGUGCGCGAUGAAGCUUUGACAGGCCGCAACCGGUAUUUCUCAACAGAAAAUCAAAGGGAGAUUUUCACCAGUAAACUCGCACUGUGGUAUCCUGUUGGGAAGGAUACAGGACAUUUCAUUGAUGCUGUUGGGUCGCUGGUGGAAAGGCAGAGGCGUCCGUUGAGCCGGUUUUUGAAGCCGCUGUCCAUGACCCUGAAAGACAGGCCGAUUACUCCGUUGCUGUAUACUUAUGCAUGUCACGUUGUAUGCGGCAGAGAACUCCGUACGGCCGCAAUACCGAACAAAGCUGCAAGUAUUUCAAGGCCGGAGGAAUCCAGGUUUCUCAUUUCUCAUUUCUUUCAUUACUUCAUGUCUUCUCUGUAGCAAUUGACAGGGAAUAAUAAUACGCUGAACGGUGCUUUUUUCUAGAAACAUCGCAGUCGACAGGAAUGUUGACCGCCUCCCCACCACCAAAGGAAGAUCAUCGCGCUUGCCCACAUACCGGAAGCUUCGCUUCAAACACCAUCGUCUAUCUUCUUGAUUAAUUAAUCCCAAUCGGUCUGGAUCCCGGUUUCUGUUCUUUCUGGCGGUCACGGAAGCUUCCCACGUCUUUUCACAUAGGGGACUGAGAGUUCCCAUUCCUGCCGCACAAUGGCGAAGAAGCAGCCAUAUAUUCCGCCCUUGAUCGGGUGGCUUUAUGAUAUUGUGCUAUGGAUAUUCUCGGUCCUCGUUGACCUCUUCUUCAGAGAAGUACAUCCACGCGGAUCGUGGAAGGUACCCCGAAGGGGACCGAUGAUCCUCGUGGCUGCUCCUCAUGCGAAUCAGUUCGUUGACUCCCUGAUCCUUAUGCGCGUCAUGCGUACCGAAGCGCACCGUCGCAUCUCGUGGCUCAUCGCAGAAAAGUCAUUCAAGCGCCGAUUUAUCGGUUUACUGGCAAGGAGCAUGGGAAGUGUCCCCGUGGCGCGGGCAAUGGAUAAUAUGAAGCCCGGGGUAGGGACAGUUUAUCUGCCUGAUCCCAUCAACAACCCUACUCUCUUGCGUGGUGUUGGAACAAAUUUUGAAGGGCCCGGGUUUGAGCCAGAAGGCACGAUCGCUCUCCCCACAAUCAACGGGACUUCGCAUAGUACAAACAUCAAGGAGAUUCGCGGGCCGGAAGAAUUGAUCCUCAAGAAGCCUUUCACCUCCAAAGACGCGCUUUUUCAGCUCACUGGUAGGAGGGAUAUCACCGAUGAUGGUCAUUUCACCGGAGAUGUGUCGGGUAAAGACCUCUCAGAGUUCAAAGGUUCAAGAUUCAAAGUUGCUCCUCAUGUCGACCAGACGGCUGUUUACAAUGCAGUAUUUGCCAGGCUUGCGACUGGCGGUUGCGUUGGUAUUUUUCCAGAGGGCGGAAGUCAUGACCGCCCCGAUUUGCUCCCGUUGAAAGCGGGAGUGGCUCUAAUGGCACUGGGCACGCUGGUGAAUAAUCCAGAUUGUGGUCUGAAAAUUGUACCCUGCGGAAUGAAUUAUUUUCACGCCCACAAAUUCCGGUCCAGGGCAGUGAUUGAAUUUGGAAAUCCUAUUGAGGUUCCUAAAGAAUUGGUCGAGCAGUAUAAACAGGGUGAGCGACGCGAAGCAGUCGGUGCGCUGUUAGACACGAUUUACCACAGUCUUCUCGCUGUUACAUUGACCAGUCCUGAUUACGAUACUUUGAUGGUUAUUCAAGCAGCACGUCGUCUGUAUAAUACCAAGGGCAAAAAGCUUCCGCUUCCAAUGGUUGUUGAGCUUAACCGUCGCCUAGUGAAAGGCUACACGCAUUUCAAGGAUGACCCGCGGAUCGUACGCCUCAGAAAGUCUGUCACGGAGUACAAUAAGCAGCUACGUCUUCUUGGAAUCCGAGAUCACCAAGUGGAAUAUGCCAAAUUUUCAUUCAUCACAGUAGUUGCCACUCUCGUUUAUCGUCUGUUGAAGUUGGCUCUCCUAGCAAUUGGCACCCUGCCCGGUCUGCUAUUGUUCGCACCUGUUUUCGUCGCUACGAAGAUAAUUUCGAUUAAGAAGUCGAGGGAAGCGCUGGCGGCAUCUACGGUCAAGUUGCAGGGGCGUGAUGUUAUGGCAACGUGGAAGCUCCUAGUCGCCCUUGCAUUUGCACCAGCACUUUAUGCAUUCUACAUCGUGGUUUUUACGUACUGGGCAUACUAUAACCGGGUCCAGGGCUACGUUCCAGAUUGGGUUCCACUCUGGUUAAUCGUGCCGAUUGGCAUGACCUUGUUUCCAGCCAUCACGUUUGCAGCGCUUCGCAUUGGUGAAAUUGGGAUGGAUAUCUUGAAAUCCUUGCGGCCUCUGGUUUUGUCCUUGAACCCCUCCUCAGCCAAUACUUUGGUAAAGCUUCGCAAGAGGCGAGAAGAACUCUCGGUUGAAGUCACAGAAGUUAUCAACACGCUGGGUCCUGAACUGUUCCCCGACUUCGACGCUGCACGGGUCAUCGCCGAUCCCCUCCGUGACAGCACAGGGCCCAAGCCAGCAGAAAAGGCACCAGGCGGGCCACUCCCGGUGCCCGAAAUCAGACGGAUUGGUACCUCGGACUUUGGAGAAAGCCCUGUAUCUAAGGAACCUCUCCCGCGCAACGAGUCAUUCCAUAACCUGGCCAACAUUGGCUUCUUUUCCACCAGACCGUCCAGUCGCAGCCGCAGUCGUAGUAGUUCGAUUGGUGGCCGGCCGGGCUCAUCUGCACUUCAACUGACACCGUUUAGCCAGGUAACUUCCAAGGAUAGCUUCGAGGAAGUGAGCGUCAGGAUCCGGGACGCCAUGAGAGAGAGGGGAGAACGUCGACGCAGGCGUAGUGAGGACGGCAGUUGGGAUAUGGCCAGCACGGGUCCAGGGACCCCUUCAAGCGAGGAUAACUGGAAAGAUAAAUAGUAUAGCACACAUCUUGGCCCCAGGACGAUUGUGCGUCUGAUGUAUACUGCUUAGAUCAUUGUUCAUAGCAGCGGUGUUCGGCGUUGUGCAUGUUGUAGUUACUGGAUCUGCAUCAGUAGCCAGAUUUAUGCAUCCUAUAAAAUUAUAUAUAUAUAUGUGUAUUUGCC